AUGCCGUACUGCUCGGCGCUUCGCCGACAUGGCGGCGGGCACCAGGUGCGGCGGCGAGCUCUCCUCGAGCUGCUGCCGAGGCGGUCCCAGCGCCCGGGGCGGCGCGGCACCGGCCCCCGUCGGGGAGCGGCGAUGGGGCGGCGGGGGCAUGCGCACUGCGGGGCGGCCUCUCGCCCCGCGCAGCUAUGCCAAGUAUGUGCGCGGCGGCGGCGUGGCGGCAGCCGGGCGCGGGGAGGCACGCCGCCAUGGGGCAGCUCCCGCCGCGCCGGGGGGCCGCCGCCCGCUGAGCGCCCAGGCAUGGCCGAGCCGCUGCGCAGGACGCUCUCCAAGCUGCGCGGCAGGAGGUCCCCGCGAGGGGCGGCGGCGGGCGGCGCGCACCGGCACGGCGGGGGCUGCGGGCCGCAGGCAGAUCUAAUAGAAAAUGUAUACGUAGCCCCGCGGAGCAGGAAGGAGCCCAAGUCUCCAAAGGCAAGCGAGCUCCCCGAGCACCGGCCACAGAUGAACAGCAUCACUGUUUCGAAGAAGCGCAACUGGCUGCACCAGAGCACCCACCGAGCCCCCCGCCUGGAGGGAGAAAGCACGUGUAAGAAGAUACCAGGGGCUGUCACCCAGGCCCCACGGUCCCCCAGCCCACUGCCCUCACCAAGGGUGCGGGGGACUCCUGCCAGGUCCCCGGCAGGGCCGGAGCGCCCCAUCCUUGGCUGUGGUGCUGCGAGCGCCCUUCCGAAUGCCACAGGCUCUGCCGCGCUGCAACGCUGUGCCUUUGGCGAAGACAACGAUGCAGAUGAUGAAGGAGAAAUAUGGUAUAACCCCAUCCCUGAAGAUGAUGAGCCAGAUGUCCUGAGAGUCCUCCAUCCUGCUGCCCAUAACCCUGUCACUGUGGACUGCCCCACAGGCUGCUGCAAAAGAUUGCCUGUCCGGGACCUGGGGAGGGCAUUAGGACCCCUCGAUGUUCCCCCAUGCUCCCCAGAGAGAGCGGGGGACACUCAGCCUGGCGAGCUGGGUCCUGCCGACACCGUGCAGCCCGGAGAGCACCUGCUGCAGCAGCGGCAGAGGUUUGCCAGCAAGCCCCAGAGCGUGCUGGCAGCAGAGGAAAAUCCUGCAUUUAAGUGCCCCUCAGCAGGGCCUGGAGUUGUACUUGCACACAAGAUUGAUAUACCAAUAACAGAAGUUUCUCCUCCAAGUCCUAGUCCCUUGAAAAAAAGUGGAUCAAUCAAUUGGCCUUUCCCCGAUCGAAUCAAAUCUCCCAGAACUGUGAGGAAGCUUUCCAUGAAAAUGAAAAAACUGCCAGAACUCAGCAGGAAGCUGAGUGUCAAGGGAACUUCAAGCCAUAAUAGCUCAGAUAAUCCUUCUUCCCUGCAGAAAGGGAGCUCUCGGGAUACAAGCCAUACAGCAUCUUUGCCAUCUUCUGGAAACUCAGCUGCAGCUGCCAGCAGGAACGUCAUAAGUCGCUACCACCUCGACAGCAGUGUGUCAUCACAGCACACCUACAAAAAGAAAAGCUCAAGGAAUUCCAAGUCCUCCAGCAAAGGUGGUUACCUCAGUGAUGGUGACUCUCCUGAACUUUUAACCAAAUCAGGCAAACAUGGACAUGAAACCAAGUGUGGGAAGGGAAAAGAGAGCUUUCCAAGUAACAGUGGUAAAACUGAGAUAGAUAUCGAUGCUUUCAGGCACUACAACUUUUCUGAUCAACCCAAGUGUUCCCAGUACAUCUCUGGACUUAUGAGCAUUCACUUUUAUGGUGCUGAGGACUUGAAACCACCAAAAAUAGACUCAAAAGAUGUCUUUUGUGCAAUACAGGUUGACUCAGUAAACAAAGCAAGAACAGCCCUGCUUACAUGUAGGACAACAUUUCUAGAUAUGGACCACACAUUCAACAUAGAAAUUGAAAAUGCUCAGCACUUAAAGCUGGUGGUGUUCAGCUGGGAGCCCACCCCACGGAAAAACCGUGUUUGUUGUCAUGGCACUGUGGCUCUUCCUACUCUCUUUCGAGUGACAAAAACACAUCAGCUGGCUGUCAGACUGGAACCAAGGGGGCUUAUUUAUGUCAAACUGUCACUUAUGGAACAGUGGGAGAACUCUCUUGAUGGUUUGGAUGCAGAUCGGGAACCAGUGAUGUUUGGUGUCGAUGCUCGAAAAGUGGUAGAGAAGGAAAGUACAGGCCUGAUGGUGCCGCUUUUAAUUCAGAAAUGCGUAAUGGAAAUUGAAAAAAGGGGCUGCCAGGUUGUGGGCCUGUAUCGGCUGUGUGGCUCCGCAGCGGUGAAGAAGGAGCUUCGAGAGGCGUUUGAGAGGGACAGCAAGGCAGUGACUCUCUCUGAAAGCCGGUACCCAGAUAUUAAUGUGAUAACAGGUGUCCUAAAGGAUUACCUGCGAGAGCUGCCCUCUCCACUGAUAACCAAACAGCUCUAUGAAGCAGUAGUGGAUGCCAUGGUGAAAAAUCCCUUGAAGAUGGCAGCCGCUGGUUGUGAAAAUGACCCGAGUGACUCUGAGCACACAGCAGCCCUUCUGGAUUGCCUCCCAGAUGUUGAGAAGGCUACCCUGAAGAUGCUGUUGGAUCACCUGAAACUGGUGGCUUCUUACCACGAAGUAAAUAAGAUGACCUGCCAGAACUUAGCUGUGUGCUUUGGGCCCGUGUUACUGAGCCAGAGGCAGGAGACCAUCAACCACAACAAUAGAGUCUUCACAGACUCCGAGGAGCUCGCUAGUGCCCUGGACUUCAAAAAACACAUAGAAGUUCUUCACUAUUUACUUCAGCUGUGGCCAGUGCAUCACUCACCUGCCCAGGAACCUGCACAUCCCAGCACGCCUCCCGAGCACUUGUUGUCCCUGCGUUACCUGAGACCGCGGCGGCAGAGACCGCAGAUGCUGAACCUGAGCAGCGCUGACGCAUGCGGGAUGCUGCGGCCAAGGCCAGCUGGCCUGGACAGCCCUUCCAGCAACCGCUACGCAGGUGACUGGAGCGGCUGUGGGGAAAGCUACUUCUGCAGCCCCAGGGACUGCCUGGGCGAGGCAGACUAUGACGAUGUCCCUUCGGAGGACUCAGAGAGUGGGGACGACAGCAGCAGAGUCGAUGAUGCCGACGGCCUGAUGAAGCGCCCGCAGCCCCUCCCCGGGGAACACGCGUUCCAGAGCUAUCUGACAAUGCAGGCGAUAGACUCAGCGGGGAGCCACAGGGCGAACCUCAAGGACCUACAGGAAAGUAUCGAUACCCUGAUAGGAAACCUGGAAAGGGAACUCAACAAAAACAAGCUGAACAUGAGCUGCUGAGCCCGGUCGGUCCUGCGUGGUGCCUCCUGCUGCGUGCUGCAGCAAGGCUGUGGCCUGCCGUGUGAACGAACCCACUGACAGGCAUUCCCUCCUGUUUGUGCAUUCCUUGUAGAAGAGCAUGUUAACCUGAUUCUGGUGUUUAAGGCAAAAGCUGAGAGACCACAAAGUGACUCCACGUAGUAACAUUUCUCCCUAAAAAUGCUGUGCCCUUUGGUGGGUGGCAUCUGACAGCAGGGCAGACACCAUACGCUGCUUGUAACAGCAGGGCUCUUCCUCCUGAAACUCAGCUCUGGUACAGAAGUUCCUCUCAGAAGGGGACUAAUGCUGCUUGGCCUGAGCUUUGUAGCAUCAACUUCAGACAAACUCAUUUUACUAUAUAUGCAAUGGCUGCUAUGAAAAGUGCUUUUUAUAUAUAUAUAUAUAUAAUAAUAAUAUAAAUAUUUAUAUAUAAAGUUUUAAUUGUACAAAUAUUAAUGUAUUCAUGUAUUAACACUUUUCAAUAAUUAUUUAAGCAAGCAAAAAUUAAAUAUUUUUCUAACCUUGUUGUAUAUAUCUGUGUACAAACAUGCAUGUCUCUGUCCACCUUGAGAGGUCCCGGAGUUCUGAAACAUCCCAUUUGAAGAGAGUGAUGCCAAGAGGAAGCUGCUUUGUGUGUAGCACAGCACUGGAUUUGUGCAGAGAAACACAUCCAGCAAGAAGGCAGGGUAGAUGGUUAACUUAACAGCUUCUGAGUUGCCAGGCAUUGGUUCACAUGUGCUCCCCUCAAAUCCACCCCAACCUUUUACAGUAGUUGUGAGGGCUUUCCAGGAUUUCUAGCAGUGAACUGUGCUGCUGCCCUUCAGGGUGAUCAGUGUGUGCAAUAAGGAGAUGAACGCACUGUUCUGUAGUUUUAUUCUUCAGAUUUUUCUGUUUUUUUUUUCAUGUAAAGGAGGGUCCUGAAGUGCUCACUUCAUAUUUUCACACAAUCACAGAAUCCUUAGAGUUGGAAGGGACCUUUAAAGGUCAUCUAGUCCAGCUCCCCUGCAAUGAACAGGGACAUCCACGGCUGUUUUGAAGACUUCCGGUUUGUCCUGGUAAGCUCAGACUUGGUCCUGGCUGUUUUGAUGCUUCCUUUUGCUGCAGAGCUCCAUGUGCAUUAGUUGAGCUGCAUGUUCUGGCUGCCGGUAGGAGUGCCUGAGCCCCUCUGGCUCUGGAGAUGCAAUCUCAAGUUCUACACAAAGGCAGUCAGGUUUUCUGACUCUUUCGGGUAAAGUGAUCUCCCCCAGUGGAGCCGGGUGGGUGGGGUGUUAUGGGAAGCAGGGUGGGAUUGUGGUUCAGCUCUGAGACGCCCAGCACCAGGGCUGUGUCAGCCAAAAGGACAGAGCUUAACUCUCCUUGUUCAUCUGGAUGGUACUGGCUCCCUGCCAUGGGUACUGUGGGUAAGUGCUUUGCUCUAACCGCUGCUUCCUUGUACUGCUUGUGAGGUUAUUUAUUUACAGGAGCAAGGAAUUAAAUACUAGGACAGACUUCAUCCCUCUUUUUUUAAGAAUUAUUUUAGCAUGGUCUCAAAUGGUUUAAUCAGUCCCGUUAAUUUAUUUUUUUCUAAGUGUUAAAGGAUUCAUAACAGUUAUUGCAAUAUAAUGAUAAUGUAUGAAAAUGUAAAUUUAACCGGAAACAUUUAUCAAUAAAUCAAUGUAUUUUUUUAAACUUUUAUACCUACAGAAUGGGCAAUACAUUUUGAACAAUAAAUUUUAAUUCUAAAUAAAAUUUGAUGAAGAACAGAA